AUGAGUCAAACAGGAAACAGACAACAUAAUGGAUCUCAAAAUGGUGAAAGGGUAGAAAUAAUUGCUCAUAUAGAAAAUAUGAUCAUAAAUGAAAAUAAUUCACAACAGGGUGCUCGAGACACACUAUUAGUAAUACAAAGAGAGUCUGAACAAACAGAUAAUAAUAGAGAACCCUCUUCAGCUGAAUUAAUACAACAACUAAUUACAGGAUUAGGUCAAAUACUCAAUAAUAAUGGUAACUCUAAAGAAGCAAAACUUGUAGAUUUGCCU